AUGGCUUCUGAUGCACUCUCUGGAGCCGCUCGGCAAUCCAACUUCGAGCAGGGCGUCGCGCUCUCCCUCAACCUGUGGCCGGACCUCACCCUCGCCGUGCAGAACCACUGGGGCGGGCCCGACUCGGCUGACAAGCGCGACUGGUUCGCUGGUGCCGUCGUCGACCUGUUCCCCGACCUCGCCAACCCUCCGAAGCCCACAGACAAGCCGCAGAAUGGCGCCACUGAGACCGAGGAGCCGGACGUCGAGUACGUCGAGACGAUGCUGCUGCAGGUCAUGCUGGACGAGUUCGAGGUCAACGUCGACGAUGACUCCGGGUUUGACGUCGCGCAGGAGAUCAUUCGCAUACGCGCGGGGUGCCUCAAGGGCGACUUCGAGGAGGUGGACGCUCUGAGGCGCAAGUACGAGGGUAAGAAGGGCGGCAAGGUCGAUGCCCUGUUCAAGAAGGCAGAAGAUCAAGACAACGAUACGGAUUGGGACACCGAAGACGACGAGGAAGACAGCGACGACGACAUGGACGAUGCCCCGCCCCUGGUUGAGACAAAGAAGGAGAAGCCACCGCCGGAAGUCGACGAAGAUGGAUUCACAAAAGUCACGAGGAAAAGGUGA